AUGAUACACAAUUACCAUUUCGGUUGUGGCAAGAUCCCUUUAGAGGUCAAUGAGGGGGGUUCAUUCCAGGUCCUACACCGGAAUUGGACAUUGUUAUUUCGGAACAACUUUGCUACAGCUUCUCCUCGUGAUGAACUAGCUACAGCUGAGAAUCCCAAUACUCCUAGUAUUGGCGAGGCUCGUGUGGAUACUAAGAAUGCGGUGGCUUUGUGUGUUGCUGCACCCCCUAAGAAUGGGGCUACUGUUGGUGGUAUUGUCGUUCCUAACCAUGAUGAUGUUGAUGUUGUCGCUGAAGAAGUUAUUGUGGAAGCUCCCAACGAGGUUCUUCAUGCUGAUGAGGCGCCUCUUGCAGCCUCAACAACAUUUUUGAUGCCAAUGAUGUCCCUCUAG